AGUCAGAUGAUUUCACUGGCUGUACAGGAUGAAAUCUCAUAUUUCAAUGUAUAAGUAAAAGUGUCAAAGUUCAGCUGAAGCAGGGACGAUUACAGAGCAAAUUUUGUGUGUAUUUGUAACUAGGGCACCAGAGCAAUAGAGGAAGCCAAAAUGAGCCGGAAAAGCAAAAGGAGUUUAAAGGAGAAAUUUGCCUUGAAGAACAGCUUGGUUAAAGAAGCCCUUUCAGAAUUCCUGGGAACUUUUAUAUUGAUAGUGCUUGGAUGUGGGUGUGUGGCGCAGGCCAUCCUUAGCCGAGGAGCUCAUGGUGGGCCCAUGACAGUCUCUGUUGGAUUUGCAAUGGCAGUCACCAUAGCAGUGUACGUGUCUGGGGGGAUUUCUGGUGGUCACAUAAACCCAGCCGUUUCAUUAGCCAUGUGCGUGACUGGAAGAUUAAAAUGGACCAAAUUACCAAUUUACAUAUUAGCACAAUUCCUGGGAGCAUUUGUUGGAGCAGCAGCUGUCUUUGGGAUUUAUUACGAUGCCUUUAUGGAGUACAGCAACGGAACACUUGAAGUCACAGGACCUAAUGCCACAGCACAUAUCUUUGCAACAUAUCCAGCUCCAUAUCUAUCCCUCAUAAAUGGAUUUGUAGAUCAGGUGAUGUCAACAGCUGUUCUUCUUCUGGCUAUAUUUGCUAUUUUUGACACCAGAAACAACAGAGUACCAAAGGGCCUGGAGCCAAUUGCAGUUGGACUUCUUAUAAUCGUUCUUACUUGCUCCCUGGGAAUGAACAGUGGCUGUGCCAUGAACCCAGCCAGGGACCUUGGCCCAAGGCUCUUCACAGCCAUUGCGGGAUGGGGAUUGGAAGUAUUCACGGCUGGAAAUAAUUGGUGGUGGGUCCCUGUAGUUGCACCUAUGCUGGGAGGAGUACUUGGAGCUAUUACCUAUAUCAUUUUUAUUGAAAUUCAUCACUCAGACACUCAUCCAGGAGAAGAAAAUGACGUAUACGAUAAAUAUGAAUUGACAAACAUGUAGUAAGAAAUGAAGAAUUUUCUUUCUCAUUUUGUUGGAUUGUUUUUUAUGCAAAUGAUUGUUUGGACCAUUUUAUAAAACCCAUAUGCCUCAAUUAGGUAUUCACAUUUCAAAACAGAAAAUUUGUGUAGAAAACAAGUUCAAAACUGACUUCUUUUCAUGAGACAUAGGGCCGAUCACAUUCAGAUCAGAUAAUUAAAUUAUGAAGGGAGGAAUAAAUUGUUGUUUCUUUCAUACAGUUUUCAGAUCCAGUUAUCUCCUAGAUGAAAUUGUAGUGAGAUGAUACACUGACCUGUUAAUUCAACACAGAUGAUCUUAAUCAUGCUGCCUAAUUAACUGAAAAUAGAUGAGAUUGUUAUGAAACUCCAUGCAAAGGUAGUUAAUUGGUUCAGUGCUGAAUUAAUGAAUUAAGAGCACAUCUCACUUCUUGUAGCCAUUAUUGAAGAAUGCCUUGUCUGAAAAUAAAAAAAAAGCAAUACCUGAAUUGCCUAAACAUCAAUCAAAGUAGUUUUACUAAAUCUUUAUGCAGCCACUGGUUGAACAGUGAGGAGUCAGCUCAUCAGUGAUGAGGUUUAGUAAUUCAAAAUAUGAACAUGAAAGAUUAAAAAAAAAGUGUUACAAGUUCAACACCAAAAAGAUAAAGCUGUACUUCUGCACAGGUUCUUCGUGGCAAUAACAUCCAGUUAUUUUAAAAAAAUUUACUCGACCUUUUUGUUAUCCAAUAUUAAAAACCUAACCUAGAAUAUUAGUCUGAAUCUCUCCUGCUGUGCUUUCUGGGUAAGUUCCAUUCCUGUGGAGAUGGGCCAGCAACAGAGGCUUGUGCUGUGCAUAAGUUAGCACAUGGCCUGUGUCUGUACAAGCUUCUAAGAGGCCCUCUGCUGCUGCUGAUCUACGUGGAGGGAUUUCAUCUGCUUACUGGGAGUAAUUUUUAUUUUGGUAGCAGUAAUUAAAAUUAGAAACUGGUCUCAGACCUACUCCUAGAUCUGAAUUCCUCAUCAGACGUCAGCUCCACAUUAGAUUUCUGAAGCAUGGGUUCUCUCUGGCUAAAUGGAAGUGGUUGGGCAUAUGCUGCUUCCUAAAUACUUAGCUGAUGCUAUUUCAGGACUGUGGUCAAGCUUCAACUUUGAAAAAUUAAAUUAUUUCUGCUUAAUCAUUGUGAAUUGAAUGCAUCCAAUAAAUUCAAAGUUCAUUUCUAAUAUACAUACAUGCGUAUAUACAUACAUGUGCAUGGUUGGUGGUGGUGAUCAUGAAUAAAUAGACAUCCUAUUCAGUGAUGCUCCUGAGCUAUUUUCAAGGCAAAAUUUCAAGGUAACUCUUCAAUGCACUCAUUUUAGGGUCUUAUUCCCUUUGGAUUCCUACAGUUCUGCUUCCUAGAAUUCCACACUGUUUUCUGAUCUCACUCCUGAAGGAAGGAACCCUUUGUGUUGUCAGUAACAGCCUGUGCACUUCAGUGAGGUAUCCACAGAAGUGAUUUGGAAGAAUACUGUUGUCAGAAUCAGCCGCAGCAUUUGGGCAGGUCAGGCCUGCAUCACUGUGUGUCUUUAUCACGCUCCCCGGUGUGCCACACUGAAUUCAUGGCAGCAGAGGGAUAGAAUUAGCGGGUCAGGCAAAGCUUUGUUUGCUGUAGCUCUAAGUCAGAUGAUGCUGUAUACUUCAGGGAGUAUAAUUCCCAUUUUAAUGAUGUUUUUGAAGAAAACUUGCAGAACUGUAAUGAAUUUAGGUUUCCCAGACACUGUAUCAACCUUGUGCAAAAUGCUGAUUUGAUUUACGCUUUCUCUGACAUGGGUUAAAAUUUAUAUAGCUAUAUAAUGCAGCUGAAUAUGAAAGGGUAGGAUUAUUUGGAGAGCCACACCAACAAAAGGGGAAGGUCCACAGAAUCAGUCCUCUAUUUAUCUGAGGAGAUCACACCGGAGAAUCAAGACAAUGCUGCAGUUAUUCAUAACCGUAGAUUUUAUAUUGACAGCACAGACAAGCAGGUUCAUCUCUCCUGUAUACACUGCACUACGUAAAACCAAUUGGUGUGUAAAAGUGAUUCAGACCUGUUCUGUUGCAGACUGAAGCUCCUUUUACCCCUCAUUGCAGAGGGCACUCUUGUGUGUUGGUGGUGUCUGACAGUAGCUGCCCUAGGUGACUGCCAGCCACCUGUGUCUGAGCAGAGUUUAUGAAGGUAGGAACAACCAGAGACUGCCCUGUAUCUGAAAGGCCCUUGCUCUUCCACUAAUGCCAGCACCUAACAUGAAAUAUCUGUGCAUGAAAAUAAAAAGAGACAAAUAGCCAAUUAACCAGAAGAAACUGCCGACGUUGUUUUUUAUCCAAAAUGGUAGAGGCAGGUUUUAUCACUUACUGUGCGAGAAUUUUGCAGAGUCAGUAGGCUUCACAUGCCUCACUGUAUUGCUUCCUUAAAUGCACCAUGGAAAACAGGGAAAAGCACAGUACAAGUCAGCAAUGAGAAAGGGACAGUUUGUUUAUACGACAUACUGAGUGACCAGCCCACACUUGCUGUGUGGCUGUUGGCCGAGGUAUAUAAGGUCUAUGUUUUCUCAAAGUCCUUCUGAUUAGAACAGGUUCUGCCUGUAAAUCAACAGUAAAUCUUGUUUCUCCUACUUAGGCCAUUCCUGUGCUGCAAAUUACUGUACAAAUUACAUCUACUUGUCUAAAAUGAUCAACAUGCAAGUCAUAAGUGGUGACACACUGAUAUGACAGCACAGCAAUAUCAAAAAUAUGCUCUGAUCAAGUUGUUGUCAAUUAUGUUUGCUUAAAGAACUCACUUUAAAACUUUAUCGUCACAUAUGUUCAAAAAUUCUUUGAAAAUGCAUGGUACCAAUACUGCAGUUUGUAUUGACUUCACAAAGGCCAGAAUUUUAUUCAGGAAGAAGGUGUUACAGAUCUACCUCAGAGGUGGUGAUUUUCAUUUUUAGCAAUACAGAUGAAUUCCUGCUUCAGGGACGAAACUCAGCUGAGUCUUAACUAUGGAGCCAUGACCAGUAUCUCCAUAAUAAAAUGGGAACAAUUAUCAUCUCGUACUCUAAGCUUUUGCAGACAUCAAGAUCGGUUUUGUGCAAAGAAAAAAAAUGAUUGUUAAUUUGCAAAAACUAUGCAAUUUUCUAAUAUCGACUGGUAUUCAGUGGUCGCACUCAUACUGAAUCAAUGUAACACAGUUGGCAACAAGAAACAGAUUUUCUAGCUGUAAUAUAUGCUGGUUAAUGAAUUAAUAGUAAUCGAACUUGAUCAUACUAAUGUUGAAAAAAAUAAUUUUCAGAGCAUUGCUCAAUUUUCAGUUUGCAUUUGUUCUUUUUUGGGCAACGUGUGUUCUCUAGAGCUAAACUUAGUACUGAAGUAAUGUGGAGAGUGAUCCUGCAAAUAGUACUGGGUUAAAGGUUGGCUACUGCAUGUUUUUUCACAGAAGCCAGUGGAAUUAUUCACAACGGGGGGCAAUAUAGGUGUUUGGAGAAUCAAACUUGGGGUAUUGUGGAAACUGUACUUUCUUGUAGUUUUGACUGUGGAUUUGGAUGAAUGUGUUGUUGUUCAAAAUAAAUACAGUCAUUCCCUAAU